GAAAUGGAGUACCUUAAGGAUGAGCCUGAGACUCAGGCCAUACAGAUAAUCUCAACUGAGGAUGUGGAAGAAGCUAAUGAGUUUGUAGACAAUGCUAGAGGCCAAGGCCUGAAGAUUGUAGGUACACAUAGUGGAGCAUUCCAUUGUGAUGAGGUCCUCGCAUGUACUAUGCUGAAGUAUACUGAGGAAUACGCCAAUCCUGCCAUUGUUAGGUCAAGAAAUCCAGAAAUCCAUGAGCUGGUCGAUAUCUUAAUGGAUGUAGGAGAUGUCUUUGAUCCUUCUAAGAAGAGAUUUGACCAUCAUCAAAAAACUUUUGAUAGUUACUUUGAUGAUGCCCCAAAAGAAGGCUCCUACCCUAUAAAAAUGUCCUCAGCAGGGUUGAUUUAUAAGUAUUUCGGAAAAGAAAUCUUGAGAAAUAUCGGCAAACAAUUUGGAGCUAAUCUCGGCUCCACUGAGGAAGAAAUCACCAAAACUAUUGAAGAUUCUCACAAAGAUAUCUAUCAUUCCUUUGUAAAAGAAAUUGAUGCUAUUGAUAAUGGCGUGUCAAUUACAAAUAAAGAUGUGAGACCUAGAUACAAGAUCACCACUGGGCUUGGAUCUCGGAUUGGCAGACUCAAUCCAGCAUGGAAUGCUGAAGAUAAAUGCCCUAACAAAUGGUUCCUCAAGGCCAUGAGUGUCGGAGAAAAGGACUUCCUUGAUGCCAUUUACAGCAAAUAUAUGAUCUCAAGACCAGCCUAUAACAUUGUAAAAGAAUCUUUUGAGAAAAGAAAGGAGUUCCAUGAAUCCGGAGAGCUAGUACAUUUCGACCAAUUCUGCCCAUGGAAAUCACAUUUGUAUAAGCUUGAGGAAGAGACUAAGAAUGAAGGCCUCAUAAAGUUCGUCUUCUUUAAGAGUGGACCAAUGUACAGAGUCCAGGCAGUCUCAACUCAUGAGAGCGGAUUCGAAAACAGAAUCUCCCUUCAUGAAGAUUGGAGAGGUAAGAGAGGAGAUGAACUUAAGGAAGCAAGCGGAAUUGACUCUAUCUGUUUUGUCCAUCAUAGCGGCUUCAUUGGCGGAGCUAAUGAGCUCAGUGAUGUAAUAAAAAUGGCAGAACUCUCAAUUGCUAAGCACAGAGAAUCAGCUCCUUCAUAA